UCGUGCCGAACGAGACUCUUCCUCGAGCAGUAGCCGGUGCCUGCCCACCGUUCUCGGUCGAUACUAGGAUUUGUCAGAGCUGCAUCCUUCCAAAUCGCCACAAUGAACGACAUAUUCUCCAUUGCCGCGAUGUUCAUACUGUUCAGAGAGACGCUGGAGGCGGCGGUCAUCAUCUCUGUGAUGCUGCAGCUGUGCUCAAAGCUCGGGCUGCACAAAUUGAAGAAAUGGGUCUGGGCGGGAGCGAUCGCUGGCAUUGGGUUGGCGAUCGUGAUCGGAAUAAUCUUCAUCUGUUUGUUCUACGUGGCCCAGCAGCAGGUCUUCAAGGGCUCAGGGAGGUCAAUCUUUGAGGCCUUCCUGAUGCUCAUCGCUUCUGCUCUCAUCACCCUACUGGCCAUGAUGAUGCUAAAGUACAAGGGCUACGAGGAGAAGUGGCGAGCAAAGCUGGAGAACGCCUCCCAAGCACAGACGAAGGGAGGCAGGACGCAGGGCUGGUGGCAGAUCUUCCUGAUGGCCUUUUCCAACACGCUGCGAGAGGGGCUGGAGUCUGUGGUGUUCUUGUGUGGAGUCACUGCCGGCGUCGAUCCGCGCUCAAUUCCCCUGGCCGGCAUUGUGGGCAUCAUCCUUGGUGUCAUCGUUGGAGUUAUCCUCUACUACACGGGCAAAUCCAUCAGUAACAUUGGCUGGUUCCUGGUCAUCAUGAGCGUCCUGCUGCUCUUCAUUGCAGCAGGCCUGACUGCGCGCGGCUUCACAUACUUCCAGUUUGUGGGCUGGUUCGGUUACUACGGCUACCCCAACAGCGCGCGGCCGUGGCAGAACAGGCAGCUGUGGGACUGGAGCCGCUGCUGCAGCAUGGACGUCACCAAGAACAAGUUCUUCGGCCUCGUCUCCGCCCUCUUCGGCUACACUGACUCGGGCACUGCGAUCUGGCUGUUUGCCUACUUUGGCUACUGGUUGGAGAUCAUCAUUGUGCUGAGCGCGCGCGCCGCCAGGGGAACUCUGCUGAGCGCCAUGAAGAAGCGCCCAGGCAGGCAGGGUGCCACUCUGCCCGCUCUGGCGCCUAAGGAGGGAGUCACCGCCCCGGGAACUCCCCCGUCGCCAGACGCCAAGGUCCCAGCUGCGCCCCUGAAUGGUGAUGCGCACGCCACCAACGGCAAGCAUGCAGAGACUCAGCUGACCAGCGCCAAGUAGAACUCAGUUCACAAUGCGGCAUGGUCUCGCACAGCUUCCUCGGGCUCAUGAUGCCAAUUGCACCAUCCCCUGCACCCUAGCGUGGUUUGUGAGAAGGGGUGGCAAAACUCUGCGAGCGCUGCAGCCACUUCUUCAUGUGUUGCAGCUUUCACGGACCUGCAAGAAAUCUUGUUUGCCGAGUUGUCUACCAGAAAAUCGAGUGUGCCAUAGUUUGCAAUCUCCAGCACUUGUUUUGCCCAUCGUCUGAUUUCUCCAUUGCCCAAAUUUGUCGAGUGCUGUUGACUUGGAGCAUAAAAUAGUACUGCAAAUCUUUGAGAGGAGCGCUCGACCAUUGUUUUAAGGCUUUGCACAAGAGAUGGGAAGUCUUUUGGUUUGUCUUUGUGGUCUAGGCCUUGUGGCCCAGGCCUGAUGGUUGUGGCGGCCUCCUGAUGAGCUGGUUCUGAGGGUUUUUAUGAUGAACUAAGUUUUCGGGGGUUGGCCAUGAUUAUCAUGUUAUAAUUUGAAGUGUGCCAUGGCUCAUUAAUUUUGAGAAGCGCUCUUGCACUUUGGCAGCAGAGUGGUAAGCAAUUAAGAAAGACAGUCGGACAUGUUUGACCACAUCAGAAAAUUGUAAUAUCCAAGCUGGAGAG